GGCAGCGGUCCUGAAUCAGCUUCCAGCAUCAGGUGGACGUCUCUCUAAACCAAGGCUGGCAAGAUUUACUCUAGAGACAGCGACAACGCACCCUGAUUUAAAACAUAAUAUAUCAUAUUAACUGUAUCAGUUGCCAUAUUUGUAAUACCCGUCUCAAACGCUGAAGUCAAGGGAGGAAAGAAACCGGAGAAACAUUAGACAACAGGUUCGACCACGUGUUUGGAGCCGUAGCACAAGACCAUGGGCCGAAAGAAGAUCCAGAUCUCUCGUAUUCUGGACCAGAGAAAUCGCCAGGUGACAUUCACCAAGCGUAAGUUUGGUUUGAUGAAGAAGGCCUAUGAGCUGAGUGUGCUGUGCGACUGCGAGAUCGCACUCAUCAUCUUCAACAGCACCAACCGCCUGUUCCAGUACGCCAGCACGGACAUGGACAAGGUGCUGCUCAAGUACACGGAGUACAGCGAGCCCCACGAGAGCAGGACCAACACGGACAUCCUGGAGACCCUGCGCAGGAAGGGCCUGGGUCUGGACGCGGCCGAGCUGGAGACGGAGGAGAGCGUCCAGGAGGGGGCAGACAAGCUUCCCCUCAGCGAGGGCAUGGAUCUCUCCGUUGCCAGGCAGCGCUACUACGCUCCCUCCCUCCUCUCCCCAGAGGCCCAGUACUUGGUGUCUGCAGGCUGUGAGAACGGCUUCUCCAACUCCUCCAACCCCGGGUUGGCCGCCCACAGACCCCAGGCCUUCAAGCCCCUGGGCCCCAGGCCGGGGUCAGCCGGCCCCCCCAGCCCACACGCUCACGCUGCCUUCAUGUCACCACACUCAGGUAUUGGCUACUCGAUGUUCUCCCAUGGCAACCUGAGUCGGGCCUUGGAGAUGAAGAGUUUGCCCCCGCUGAAUCUGGGUAGUGAGAACCGGAGGGGAGAGACCCACCCCGGGAUGAUGACCUCCCGUACCAACCUCAGCACCGCUAGAGGCCUGCUUUACCAGAGCAUGCACCCAGGGAGUCCCAUGGUGACCAUGGGCAAGGCAGGCCUGCUGGGACACAACCUGGGAUACAACCUGCCCUCCUCCGGACCCCCAGAGUACAGUCCUGCAGGUUUCUUACAGCGGAACCCAGCCAACCCCUGGCAGUCGACCCAGCAGCUCCAGGAUCAGCACGGAGCUCACCUCAGCCCAACAAUGUCCAGCAGAGGGUGCUCCUUCCCCUCCCAGACCCCCACCCCUCCACCUCACCCCUCCCUCAACCUCACCAUCAAAUCCGAACGGGCCUCGCCCGAGCACAUCUGCUCCCCAGCGUCCCCCCCCCGGCACCACCUGACGCAGCGUUCUCCAAUGAGCAACCCUGAUUCCACCCACCACUCCCCCCUGGAGCCUUAUCCAGCCAAUGAGCUGGAGGACUUCUCCAAGGGGGGCUACCCCCCUGCCCAGCACACCGUGGAGGCGAAAGGGGGGCUGCCACUGAGGCAAUUAGAGAUCAGCGAUGGGUGGCAGAGAUAGCCGGCGGGGCCGUACCAACACCACGUGCCUGGCGCAACCCACACCCGCUGCCAACCAACCAACCACUGACACCCACAAUCCACCAGCCCAGCCAAUCACGUGGCUCCCCCACACAGCCAGGGGGAGGAAGAGGAGGGCUUCCUCAUCCCAACACUCCUACAGAGAGACCCCCUUCCCUAAGAGCUGGUCUCCCCUUUGUGAUGAAGGUGUGCCUCUGCAUCUCUCUCCUAUGAUGACAUUUUGUCACGUGUAAAUACCAACCCUACUUUUCCCCGGGGGGACUGUACCUGUCUGUGCAGAUGGGCCGAGUCAGCCUUGGUUUGAUCCAAGAGAGAGCCCCUUGCUUGUGGGCAGAAUAAUCUGAUUCAUUUAGCCAUGUGCUGUGGCUUCAGCUCCAGAGCAGUCUGUCACACUCUGAGGCCCAGUUACUGUACAUAUAUAACUUUAAUGCUUUAGCCUUUAGCCCAAAAAUCAAUGAAGUGGGCGUCUCACAGGAGAGUGAUUAGGGAUCGUUCAUUCGGUCGCAGCUUCCCCAGGAGGCCUCAAUACUGAAACCUGCUUCACACGAAGGCUUUCUCAGGGAUUUGGACCCUUCGAUUCUUUCGACGGGUUCUGUUUGAAACUGAGAUAGUAGAGAGCAAAGUUUUUUUUUUUUGGCGUUUAGCAUUCGAUACUUUCUGUACUGAACGUUUUCUUUAUGUCUCUGCGGAACACAAUCACUUCAAUCAGAGACCAAAGGCUAAGGACGGAAUGUCAUGUGUGCUUUAUCUACUUAAACACUGUCACAGUUGUGUUAGUACUACCUUGUUGGUAUUGUCUUUCUUAAUUGAUACACAAUGUCAUAAACAUGCCAAAGCAUAUAAUACUCUAGAGCAGGGGUUAUCAAACCUUAUGGGGCCAGGGACUCCUUACAGGGGUGAACAUUUUCCAAGGACCUCCCCAUAAUCAUAACACCCAAUCAGCCUUCGCCCUUUGUGCUCUUAACUGGACACAAUAUUCUUGUUUUAUUGGUGCAAAUGGUCCCCAUCUGUAGAUUAUUAUAUAUUUUUUAACUUUUUAAUGAUACAGCACAAUUUUAAAAUGUUAUAAUUGAUGGAGAAAAAAAAUCACGGGACCCCACUUUGAGAACCACUGCUCUAGUGCUCUAGUUUGUAUGCCUGAAAGAAAGCCCUAUCGGUUUAUCAUGCUUGGUGAGGGAUGAAAAGGCUGUGCGUUUGAUUAGUGUGGCGCCUACCUGCUGUUAUUCAUUCAUGCUCUUGAAUAGAUCUCUGAGUUGUUUUACAUGAAAUUUAAAUAAAGUGUCAUGAAUAACAAUGAUAUGUUGUUCUUUAAACAGGCUACAUAAAGUACAUGAACUUGUUUCAAAUAUGUUGUUGCUUAAAAAAAAAAAACAUAUGUCGUAGGUGCUGCGGUAAUCUUUUGUUUAUGUUUCGUGCACUGGAUUUUAGCCAUGAUUUUGUGUCAUGCAUUCUUUUGUGUUUAUAAUUUGGCUGAGAAAUAUGUAUUAAAAUGAGCUUUAUUUGGCAA